UGAGCUGGGGGCAUGCUUAUUGCGUUUCCUUCCCAUUAAAUCUCCUCUGUAAUUUGUAGUUUCUUUCCAUUUCUUCUUCAAAUUGAUUUAUCUUAAAAGAGCAUUGUUAGCAUGCGGAAAGCUCUAACCACUCGCAAAUCUAAAUGACAUUCAUGCGUUUCUCUGGUACUCAUAAAAAUCAAUCCUUUUUAUGGUAACUGAUAUUAAUCAUGUUUUUCCAUAUGUGGGUAUUGUCAAAUUCCCAUCUCUGAGUCUGGGUAAUCCGGAAGAUUUUUCCUUUAUCUGAUAUAUUCAUCAAAAACCGUUCUUUUCAAGUAUUCAUUCAGUUCUCCUGUAUUCUGAUAUAUGAAAUCUUGAAGUUAUACUUCAUCUGGGUUUCUUUCUGAGACUGAUGCAAAUAGGAGCCACCGAAAAUGGCGAAUCUUGUUCCUGGGGUGCUUCUGAAGCUUUUACAACACAUGAACACAGAUGUGAAGGUCGCCGGCGAGCACAGGUCCUCUCUCUUGCAAGUAAUGAGCAUAGUGCCUGCGUUAGCCGGAGGUGAGCUAUUUCCAAACCAAGGGUUUUACCUGAAAGUUUCUGAUUCCUCUCAUGCCACAUAUGUAUCUUUGCCCGAUGAACAGGAUGAUUUGAUUCUCAGUGAUAAGAUUCAAUUAGGUCAGUUUAUUCAUGUUGACCGGCUGGAAUCUGGGUCACCGGUUCCCAUUCUUCGUGGGGUUAGGCCCGUCCCUGGCCGACACCCGUGUGUUGGGAGCCCGGAGGAUAUUGUUGCAACAGACUCUCCUGGGUUCCUUAAUAAUGGGAGUAAUAAUGGCUCAAAACCUAGGGAGAAAGUAAAAUCAAAUGUAGCAAUGGGUCAUGGUAGGGAAAAGGAGAAACCAGCAGGGGUUAGAUCCAAUAGAAGUGCUAAGGGAGAUGAAUCAGAUAAGACAAAAUCAUCUUUGCCUAGAUCAAUUUCAUCAGAGUCUGCUAGACUAGGAUUGAAUUUGGAUGUGAAGGAUUCUUUAAGGAGAGUGAAAUCACAGAGUUCACAGUAUUCGCAGCCAAUUCCUUCUUCUCCCACAAGUUGUUACUCAUUGCCUACUUCAUUUGAAAAGUUUGCAAAUGGGAUUAAGCAACAUGCCAAGAUUAAAGGACUAGAUAAGGGAACCCCUAGGGCAGGAUUGGCAGAAAAGGUGGUUUCUUUUCAAGGAGCAAGUACACAAGGGAAGAAGGUUCCAGCUAUCAAGACUUUGGUUCAGGGGAUUGAAUUGGGAGCAAAGGCUUUGAGAAAGAGUUGGGAAGGGAAUAUAGAAAUUAAGACUAGGGACAAUUCUAAAAUGAGAGGCAUCAAUCACGUACCAAAGCCUGAUUCUCGGAGUAUAUCUACCCCUCGAAAGAGUACAGCAAGUGAAAGGGCACCAUCUAAAGGGGAGAAUAAGUUCCAAAUAUCUUCCAAGUCUUCAAAGGAGGACGAUAAAGUCAAGGUAUCAACUAAGACAAAGACAGUGGUUGCAAAUGGAACACUGGCUGCUCAAGAAAAGCCCACUGUGCCAAGAAGCUCCAUUGGAAAGAAAUUGUCUACAGAAGCAACUAAUAAUGGAGCCCUAGGAAAUUUGGUCAAGGUUUCAAUAAAAAGUAAAAGAUUGACAGAGGGAAGUGUAUCAUGGGGUUCACUUCCCUCUUCCCUUGCAAAGCUGGGAAAGCAAGUAAUGAGAUACAGAGAUGCUGCACAAACAGCAGCUAUUGAAGCUUUAAUAGAGGCUGCUGCUUCAGAGAGCUUAUUACAAUGUUUAAGCAUGUAUUCUGAUUUAACUAGCUCUGCCAAGGAAGAAAACCCACAACCAGCAGUGGAGCAGUUCUUGGCCCUCCAUGCAAGCUUGGACAAUGCUCGUAACAUUGCAGAUUCUUUAUCAAAAACUAUUCCAGUUGGUGAAUCUCCAGAUCAUGAAGCAAACCUAUCUGAAGAAGCAUUAAAAAUCACAUCAGAAAGGCAAAAACAUGCAUCCUCAUGGGUGGAAGCUGCCCUGACAACCAAUCUAUCUUCCUUCUCUGUAUGCGUCAAAGAACCAAACUCUACCCUGAGUCAUACUUCACAUUCUUCACAAAGCCAGAAAACUAUCCCCGGGAACCAACCUAUUUUAAUCCUAGAAAAUUCCACCAAGAAUGUUUCAGCUAAAACACAAGGAAAAACCCGCCCAGUAGUUGUCUCUAAGCUUGUGGCACAAGGACUUCUUCGAAAACCAGGGGAUGGUUCUGGCGCUGCCCAAAAGGCACAGGUCCAACCUCCACUGGAAUGGACCAAAGGAAAUGGUCUUGACCAGACUGUUGACUUUGCUGACAAGUUACAAAUGGAGUCCCAGGAUUGGUUCCUGGGUUUCGUCGAAAAAUUCCUGGAUGCUGAUGUGGACACAUCGGCUUUAUCAGACAAUGGCCGCAUAGCAGGCAUGCUGUCGCAGCUCAAGAGUGUUAAUGAUUGGUUAGACAAAAUAAGCUCAAACAAAGAUGAAGAGGAGAAGCCCCAGGUUUCAGCAGAGACAAUUGAUAGGCUGAGGAAGAAAAUUUACGAGUACCUUCUUACUCAUGUUGAAUCAGCGGCAGCAGCAUUAGGUGGUGGAUCACAACCAUCACCAACAACCAGAACAAAUGAAACAAAAGCAAAAAGAUGAGUCUAUAAGGUUUGAUUAGUGUUUCGUGCAAUGCAGGAUUGUAGGUGUUGGUCCAGAUACCUACAAAGCUAAGCCACCCAAGUGGUCCUUGUGAUUUAUUUGAUGUGUACAUAAAUCUAAUUAAAUCCUACAUGGAUUUAAGGUAUAGGAAGGUUGUCAUUUAUAUCGAAAAUCAAAAGAAAAGCAUUUAAUGUGAACAACGUGAAUUUUGUUUUUUCAAGCUAAUUCACAUUUUUCUUGCUAUAAGGCUUGUUUAAAUUAAAGGGGAUGUAUAUGACCAACUACGUUAGUGUAGUGGUAAACUCUUUUGAGUAAAUAUAAGAGAUCUUGUUUU